AUGAACAAUCCCCUCCUUCGUGAUGCCACGGACGAAGAACUAGCCAAAGCUAGUCCACGAGAACUAUUCCAAAUGGCGCAGGAAUGGCCCCGGGACCAUGAAAACAUCCAAGAAAUGGGCCUUGGCCUCUCAGAUCUUUAUAUUUCUGAAACUGGAAAAAGUGGAAUAAAAAUUAUCGCGUUGGUCGCCAAAAACUUCUCCGAUAAGUCGAAAUUUCAAGUGGAAAAUUUGAAAACGGACCAUCCAAAUGCUAUUCAUUUUUAUAUUCGCAAAAAACCCGAAAAGAACCCACAUUUUGGACUAAUGGAAAUUGAUGAAGUGGGAUUUGAUGGAAUGUGA